AAUUUUCCAAAAUUCUAGAAUUUUGCACUCUAGCAAAUUCAAGAGAUGAUAUUAAAUUACAUGUAGUAGUAGUUGUGGCAUCCUUUGGUGAUAUCCAGCCAGUGCCAGUCUCCGAAGAGGCUAUAGAUUAGUGUAUAAUAAUAGCUGAAAAGCCGAGCAAUGGCGGCGAGUCAGUGUCAGUUGUUGAUGAACUUCUCUCACGCCCUCUCCUCCCAACGCAAUCUCAGAGCGGAGACUCGUAUUUCAACUUCUUCCUGUGAAAUUACGGGAACGAAUCGGUCAUGGGCUUUGCCAAUUUCGUUAAAAGUUGAGAAAUUUCGACCCCAACGAGCAAGUAGAAGAGGAUCGCCAUGUUUGGGGAGCUUCGAGAACGAAGGGUUGCUCAGUAAUGGAAUCGGUGGUGCUGAUGGGAUUAUAAUCGUCGAUCACGGUUCUCGCCGCCGGGAAUCCAAUCUUAUGCUUGAGGAGUUUGUGAAAAUGUUCAAAGACAAAACUGGAUACCCAAUUGUGGAGCCUGCUCAUAUGGAAUUGGCUGAGCCAUCUAUUAAAAGUGCAUUCAGUUUGUGUGUACAACAAGGGGCAAAACGUGUAGUUGUUAGCCCAUUUUUUCUGUUUCCUGGAAGACAUUGGCAUCAGGACAUCCCUUCGUUGACGGCUGAUGCUGCAAAGGAGUUCUCUGGCAUCUCAUAUCUCAUAACUGCACCUCUCGGCCUCCAUAAUCUCCUCAUCGACGUUGUGAACGACAGAAUCCAACGUUGCCUGAGCCAUGUUGAAGGUGAUGCAGACGAAUGUCCGGUUUGUGCUGGAACAAACAAGUGCAAGCUCUACAAUAGUUCUUAGGUUGUUUAAAUGUAACAACGUUUUUGUAUAUCUGCUGGUUUUCUCUAUCCUUUCGGAUGAGUAAAACAAAGAUAAAGAGGCAUAUAUACAUUGUUCAUAGUCAUCAGUUAG